AUAUUAGGCGUCCAAGAAGACUUGCAUCCGAUCGUAUUUAAUCGAAAAUUAACAUCUUAUGAAGCAGCUGGAUAUGGAUUUUGUGGCGAGUAUCUAUCAACAACGUCACCUGAUGGAAAGCACAUAGUCGAUGCUUUUUUCGGAUUAACAACAAUAACAUUUAUACAACAUACACAAAAUAAUUAUGACUUUGCAAAAUUCUUCUGGUCAGAUGUAAUGAAAAAUAUCAAACCAGAGGCGUUAAUGCAAAAGAUAAAAGUUUAUUGGGGUCAUUCAGAUAAACGAGGUGCAAUCGAAGGAACGUUACUAGAUAAUGCUGAUUAUAUUAGUUGGUUCGUAAAACAUAUAAAAUGUAUACCAACUACAGUAAACCCAUGUGAAUUAUCGAAUAAUAUUUUUAUUGAUAAUAAGGAAUUGAAAGAACUAUGUGGCAAGUAUAUGUAUUUCCCUUCGAUUUUAUUACCACGAGAAAAGACAAAUUGGCAUGAUAUUUUUAAUUUCAAAACAAAACUUUCAAGCAAUGAUUACUUUGAUUUACUUCAAAAGAUUCGUGAUGAUGAAACAAAUUUGAAAGAUAAUCUUGAUCGGAUUCAAAUGAUAUAUUUUCAUAUAUUAAAAGAAAUGUAUUACUGGUCAUCCGAUGAACGAGAAGUAGCGAAAGCACGAGUUAAAUCACUGUAUCUACUAACCGAAAAUAAUCAAUGGGAAUUGGCUAGGAAUUUAUAUCUUUAUAUGGAAGGUAAUGGAGCAAAUAAUAGUUUAAAUGAUGCAAUUCCUUGUCUCAAACUUGAUUAUAAAAAUAGACAUCAUUUACAUUUGACCACAUUCUUGGAGUUAUGUAAUAUUAAACAAAUCCGAAUGAAUGAUUUAAAACUUGCUGAUAAAAAAUCUUCUCCUGCUGAAUACUUUCGACGAAAAUUAAUUGAAAUUUCGCCAUUUUUGUAA